GCCAUUGGCUGGCCUUGCGCGAUGGGUGUGUCUUGACCGGUGGUUGCGUCCGGGUAAAGAUGGCGUUGGAAGAGCAGUGCUCGGCGCCACCUCGAUGGCGGUCCAUAUCGCUAACACACGUCGAGUUUGCCGAGGAUGACCUGACGGGACACCUGCUGGCCUACAUCAGCCUUCUGCCUCUUGCCAUCCUGGUGGGCUUUGUGACCCUCAUUGUUUUUAAACGGGAGCUGCACACGAUUUCCUUCUUUGGUGGGCUCACCCUCAACGAGGCUGUGAACUGGAUACUCAAACACAUACUCCGAGAGCCGCGGCCAUGUGCAGGGACUCAUUCGGCGAUGAGCAGCGACUAUGGGAUGCCGUCCAGUCAUUCCCAGCUCAUCUGGUUCUUUGUUGUUUACUUUUUUCUUUUUCUUUAUUUAAGAAUGCACCAGACCAACAACGCUCGCUGCGUGGACCUCCUGUGGAGACACGUCCUGUCCGUCGUCCUGUUGGGCGUGGCCUUCGCCGUCUCCUACAGCAGGGUGUACCUGCUGUACCACACGUGGAGCCAGGUGUUCUACGGCGGCGUGGCGGGCAGCGUCAUCGCCGUGCUCUGGUUCUUCAUCACGCAGGAGCUGCUCACCCCGUUGUUCCCCAAAAUAGCGGCAUGGCCUGUAUCCGAGUACUUCCUGGUGCGCGACACCAGCCUGAUUCCCAACAUCUUGUGGUUCGAGUACACGGUGACGCGUUCGGAAGCCAGAAACAGACAACGAAAGCUGGGCACAAAACUCCAGUGAGCCCCUCGCACGCAUUUGACAGAAAAACACUGGAGGACUUGUGGACUCGAGUUGCCGGGUAGAAAAAAACGAAGCGGGGAGGCACUGGCAGUGAGCUUGUACACACACACGCACACGCACACACGCACGCCUCGUCCUUGUACAGCUCGUUCGUGCAUGCCACGCCGUGCAAGAGGCCAACUAUUUAAACAAUAGAUGAAAUAUUUGAACUGAGCGCACACUGAUGGGGUCACCUGACCUCCCAGGAGCUGAACUGGAGGCUUUUCUCCACAACUAAUUGUCACACUGUCAUUGCAGCAAUUUUUUAAUCUUCUGACACAAACCUGAGUUUUUCCUUAAUGCUGAAGAAAUUUGUGAUUUAGAGGGAAACAAAUGCACUUUGUAAAAAAAA